AUGUCUGGUACAGAUAUUGCAGAAAGGCUGCAUAAGUUACACGAAAUGAAAGAUGGUGAGGAUGUUGAAGAAAUGAGACAGCAGCUCAAAGAUAUGGAGAGAACACAGCAUCUCAUGAUCUGCAAUGAUCUAUCAACAGUGGCAAACCAUUCACAUCUUGUAUUCAUGGUAGCCUGUUUAUAUGAUCCUGCUUGUUUUUAUACGGACGGUGAAUAUGAACAGUUGACAGGAAAAAGGAUAAGCAUUCAAACAAAGGUGGAAACGCCUAGCGUCUACAUAAUAGCAAGGUCUUCAUCAUCAGAUAAAGAGCAAUUGUGUUAUGUAGAAACUAGGCUAGAAUGCUUGCAAGAUCUGUCGGAGCCAUUAACCUCAAAAUCUGGCAUUGAAGUGAAUGACAAGAUGAGAUUUUUCCAUGGCGAUACCCCUGCUCGACAGUACGAAUGUGGUCAACAGAAGGGAGGUAAUUAUUACUGUGCAAUCUGUGGAGCAAGUGCCAAUCGUGUCUAUGAGAUGGACUACUCUUUUCGCUGUUCACAUAUGUCUCUAGCAGAUAGGCAAGACCUUGUAUUAAAAGGUCCAUAUGGAAAGAAAUAUUCUCUUCAGAAUAUAAAUAAGCCUUUCCAAGAUCUAACCAAGGAUGAGUUAAUGGGGGAGUUAUCUGCUAGGGGCAUAUAUGAGGGAAAUACCAAAGAGGAACUGCGUACCUUACUCAAAGAAGAGUUGCAUGGUGUUCAGCGGGUUCCUACUCUGAUGUAUCACAAUCCUGAUCUUCCACUUGAUGAAAUUAACUGUGGCGAUUAUGAGAUACUGGGUUUUGAACCCCUCCAUGACAUCAGCCAUCACAUUGAGAAUAUUCUAACAGAGCUUCCUUCACACCUUCCUAAAAAAGAAGCUUCUGAAUUGAAUGCUCUUAUUGAGUUCUGCAUAGGGGGGGGGGGGGGAAAAAAAAAAAAGGGCCUUUGAUUAUCGAUGUGCUCUGAUUUUGAUUUCAAAUCAAAUCAGGGGCAAGAUAGGUUCACAGGCUCAAUUGUUGCUUGAUACUCUUGUGGAAAUUCAAGAAAUAGCAUACAAUUCAGAAGCUCAACGAACCCCAAGAUCAGUUCUUCGGAUGCAUAACCUCACCUGGUACCAUGCAAUGCUGUGCCGGACAGUGAUUGGUUUUCAGUUGAAAAAAUUAACUGUACGUAAGUUUUAUGGGACAUACUUUCAUAACAUAUCUCAUGCACCCAUCCAAAACCGCCUUAUUAGUGGUCAAUCUGCUAAUACUGAAGAACAAGAACGCAUAUUCAAUGCUAUCACAAACAUUACCCGCACUACGUCUUCAUUUCAUGCAGACCAUAGAAAUAAAGACCAUAUCAUCUCAAACAUACUGGUUCAUCUUCAAGCUGAAAAAGAUCUUUCAACAAACCAUAAUGUCUCUUCCGUUGAGAAGCAACAAGCCCAUGUAUCCAAAUUAGCAUCUUCAUUGCCAAGCUUUUCCAACACCAUUAUACCCAAGGAAAUGCUAGUGAACCAUCCUUCAUCUUGGCAAGCACACCUGGAAAGGAUAAGUGAUUAUCUUUUAGCUGGUAAAGGUGUUUGGUGGAACGAAAGUGAUAAUGGUGACAUUAACUUCUUUGAUGCAAAAGGAAAUGUUGAAUCAUCGGAAGCAGGUCCUUUGCUUCAUCAUUUUAGAUCCAGUUCAUUUAAGUCAGAAGAGUCAUACUUAAAAAAAUGCUGGCUAGAAUGUUUGGAGCAAAAGUCUGAUCUUCCCAUCUUGCGAUUGCAAAUAGAGGAUGGAAAUGGAAACAUGGUAGUUCAUCAAGCAACCCUGUUAUGCCAUGGGUUCAAGUAAUCAGUGAUGCAUUACCUUGUGAUGGAGUGCCAAAUGAUAGAAUGAUUGAUGAUGUUGUCAGUGGGGAAGAUGGGGGAAAUUUGCUUUGUGGUGUCGCUGCUAAGGAUUUACCUGAGGUGGUUGGUCAUGCUAGUGGUGUUGUUGUGCAUGACAAGGUAGUUGAGGAUAGUGGUCAUGUUAAGGUUGCAUGUUGUGAUAUUGUAGAUGCAGAUGUUGCAGGUGAAGUUUUGGGUGAUAGUGAUGUUUCAUUUGACAAUGAUGUUUCACAUGAUGGUGAGUUUGUAGGGGUUCAUGCUAUCACAAAUCAAGAUAAUGCAGUUACUGAUAUUCCACAAUGUACCUUUGAAGAAAACCUGGCUAUAAAGGAUGUAACAAGUGCUGAAAACACAGGUGAUGACAGUGACAUACUGCAUUUAAUCAUACUUUAG